ACCGUGCUCUCCUCACGUGUUCGAUGACUAGCAUUUUGUUGCCGAGCAAGUUGCUAAUGUACUGACUUGUACCAGGACGUCUCGGAACUCAUGGAUGCAACUGGGAAAGCUAGCUUUCUCGAUGAUGCAAGUGGUGCCGAGCUGCCUUCUACAAGUCCAGUGAGGCACCCUGAAUACUAUCUAGAGGAUGGUAACGUUGUGAUACAGGUUGACGAAUUGCUCUUCCAUGUCCACCGAUCUACGUUCAUUAGGCAUUCGACCGUUUUCGCAGACAUAUUCUCUUUGCCUGUUUCUGCAAACCCUGAACUUGUUGAAGGAUUCUCGGAUGAAUACCCAUUGCGGUUUCCUGGGAUAUGUAGCACUGACUUUGAGCGCCUGAUGUGGAUCCUGUACCCUACUAAACUGGGUGUGUACAAGGCUCGCACAGCAGGCGAAUGGGAGUCUGUGUUACAUCUAGCGACUCGGUGGGAGUUUGACGAUGUAAGAGCACUUGCCAUACGACAUCUGGAAACACUGCCGAUGAGCCCCGUCGACCGGAUCGUUCUUUCGCGCAAAUUUGAUAUACGUUCCAAUUGGGCUUUAUCGGCGUACACGGAGUUGUGCGAGCGCGCAGAGCCCCUAUCUAUGGACGAAGGCCACGCCCUCGGUCUAGACACUACGAUACGCGUCUCUCAAUUGAGAGAAAAGCUUCGGUGUGGUCGAAGACCGAUGAGGCAGAGCAGUUUACCUCACCGUAUUGGAACGACCCCAUUGAUGCGGUCUUCAAGCUUGAUCUCGGAUAGUGGGAAGAUCACCUCGAGGAAAGAGGCACAUAGCGCGCUACGCAGCGAGUCCCCGUUCAGGAGAGUGAGUAGGGCCCCGAGGGUAUCAGAAGCCUCCAGGCUUGCCUCUGAGACCUUUGGGUUGAGUGCUCUAGACAGCGCUCCCAGGUGACAUUAUCAUCUAUCUCGGGCGACGUUGAUUCACUCCGUGCUGUCCCUCGUGUCUUAAUGGUAAUACGAUUGAGUCUACUAUCUGAUCGUUGUUAUUCAUUUUAGGACCAAGGCUUCAUGUUAUUUCGUAGUCCAACGUAUCCUGUGCGCCUCGUUGGAUGGUGGUGUUAUGAUGACGGACUUGAAAACGAUAUUACGAAGUCACAUUAACACCGGUCAGCUGGAACAUAUGCCAGAACUGGAUUUGAACUUGUUAGAUGUGCUAGCAGCCAGUCAGGCCAGUAACUGGUCACUUCCAGCUAGCACCAAUCUAUCGUCAGAGAUGUUACG